AUGCAGCUCAGUACGCAUCAUCAACUGAAGAUAGGUUCCAUCCCAGAAGAAGCUGGAGGCCUACACCGGUCAUUUCAUGAGCUCAUCUUCAUAAAUGCUGUCGAUCUCGAAGUCGAGUUUCCUGACCUGGCGUACCGGCAGUUGGGAAAUUUUUUGAAAAUUCACCAUUCAACCGUCUCCAGAGUGUUGAAGCGGUUCCAGAAGCGGUUGACUUUGGAACACGGCAAAGGAGCUGGAAGAAAACCGGGACCGGAGAACAAAAAGACGGAGGAAAAGGUGAAGCGGAUGUUUAAAGCAAAUCCCAACGUCUGAAAGCGUGAUUUGGCUACAAAGAUCGGCAUGUCGCAGAGCUACCUCCAAAAUGCAAAGAAGAAAGCUGGAUUACAUACACACAAGGUACAGAACUUCCCAAACCGCGAUGAGCCGCAACAAUCGACGGCUAAAACUCGGGCAAGGAAGCUCUACGAGAAGCUGCUGACAAAAUAUGACUGCUGUUGAUGCACGACGAAACGAAUAAAAAAGCCGAUUUUAAACAAAUUCUGGGGUGUUAGUUUUUCACCGGCUAGAGUAAGUUCUAUGUGGACGACCAAAUUCGAAAGAGCAAG